UGUGCAGAAAGCCUGUAAUCUGAUACUUGGACAAAAGAAGGUGGAGCCAUGGCCGGGAAGAGCGGAGGAACCCCAUAUAAACCCAGAUCAGGAACAGCUGGGCAGUUGAACGUUUGCAAACUCAGAAAGAAAAUGGACCAGAGUCCCCCUAAGAAAGAAUCUUUGGAGAAACUUUUUGAUCCAAAAGAGUUUUUGAAAACGUAUUAUUCCUUUGACUCCACAAGCAGUGAAAAAAAUGAUAUUUUGAUGUUUCUUCUGAGAAACUUCUUUAAGACCUUCAUUUUGGAUGGCGUUAAAGGCAAUACCCUGAUUCAUAUUGGCAGUGGGCCCAGCAUUUGCGAACUGCUCUCUGCCUGUGAGUCCUUCGAGGAGAUCAUUGUCACAAACCAUAUGGAUUGGAACUGCCAGGAACUGCAGAAAUGGCUAAAGAAAGAGCCGGGAGCAUUUGACUGGACUCCGCUGGUGAAAUACGUGUGUGAGCUGGAAGGGGACAGGAAAAAGUGGGCCGAGAAGGAAGAGAAAUUACGAAGAACGGUCAAGCAGGUUCUGGAAUGUGAUGUCACCAAAUUCAACCCUGUGACCUUUGCCUCUCUGCCCCCUGCUGACUGCCUGUUCUUGAACCAUUCUUUUGAAGCAAUUUGCAAAGACCUGAGUACCUACCGUGCUGCCCUGAAGAAUGUCAGCUCCCUGUUAAAGCCAGGGGGUCAUUUGCUGAUGGUGACCACAAUGAAGUGUAAUUACUAUAUGGUUGGCCAACACAAGUUUCCCUGCCUCUUUCUGGAGAAGGAGUUUCUGGAGGAAGCAGUGAAGGAGGCCGGUUAUGAUAUUUUGCAGUUUGAGGUGACUCCCAUAUGCCAUACAGCUAGUUUGGUAGAGCAUGAGGGGAUCUCUUACCUAGUUGCUUCCAAAGGGAAGGGCAAAGAAGAUUAAAGAGAAAAUACAUCAGCCCAAGGCAAGUAGAGAGGCAGAAUAGAUUAGCUGUAGAU